CACAUUUCAGUCUAUCUAGGUUAUUGCAAUAAAUUAUACAUCUUGGUCUAUCUAGGUAUUUUACUUGUAUGUUAUCGGUUAUUUGUAUGUAUCUUGCAUGUUAUUUGUAUGUAUCUUGCAUGUUAUUUGUAUGUAUCUUGCAUGUUAUUUCUAUGUAUCUUGCAGGUUAUUUCAAUGUAUCUUUCAGGUUAUUUCUAUGUA